UUGCUGCUUAUUACUCAGUCUUAACGAACUGCAUCAUCGCAUAAGUUUUCCGUUCACAAUAUUGUUAUUAUUAUUACAUAUUAACUCACAUAGAUUUCUACGUGCAUAGUUUGGCUGGUUUGGUGGUCAUGUCCCAGUUUACUUAGGAACUUGAACCUGCUCCGGUUAGGUUUAUCAUCUCUCUCUCUCUCUGCGUGUGACUAUAUUGGUUUGUAUAUGAUCAUCAUCGCCCUCGCUGCUCAGAAAGUUUGCUAUUGCGACCUUGGGGAAUUGGCGAAUAGUUGUGAAACCUGCUCAUCAUGUCUCAUAUAUCUUCCACCAAGCCAUCACCACCAUCUCCGCUUCUUUUAGAGUUUCAUUUUACACUGUAAAGAAAGGCAAGCGACCCUGCUGCAUGGUUGGCCUUGUCAUUAUUUUAUUACUUAUCAAGUGGUUGGGAAGAAGCGGUUAUCUAAUUCAUCGAUCAUCUCAUGCUCUUCAGAAUAAUCUGGUGUGUGUACGAGUGUUUUGGGUCUGUUCUGUAAAAACUACAAAAUCUGGUCGUGUUACUGAGGCCAUUCUUGCUUUGGCUGGAGAGAAAUAAGGUGGUGGUUUGUGUGUGAGUUGUGAUUUCAUUGUAGCGUUACGAGUUUACUACACUAAUCAAUUUCAGCUACGUUAUAUUUCCUUAGUGGCUAAUUUGACCGUAAUUGAGUCAUACAUACGAUACGCUGUGCUCUAGGACCAAGUGAAUAGAGAAGUAUUGCACAAUGUCUCCAAACGCAGAAUCUAAAGAGAUUGAGAAUAUACCCGGAUUGGAGAAAGUGGAUCCUGUCAAGGUGGAAAAGUAUGAAAAGCUGACAAAUCCACUAAAACUAAAUGACGAGACAAUGCUCAAAAUUCGCAAAAUCUUUGAGGAUGAGAUGGACCUUGGGUUGCAAGUGAAUCCGAAAGGUUGUCUGCAAAUGGCCAACACCUACAUUCCUCAACUUCCCGACGGUUCUGAGGAGGGAGAGUACCUGGCCCUCGACCUUGGUGGCACCAACUUCCGCGUUCUCCUGCUAAAAUUAGAGCAUGGAAAAAUGGCAGAUCCCAUAGUCAAGCACUUUCACGUCCGUGAGGACAUUCGACUUGGGAAAGGAGAAGCAAUGUUUGACUUUCUAGCAUCAUGUAUUCACCAAUUCCUAGAAUCCAACAACAUGUUGUCACGAAAGCUGCCGCUGGGCUUUACGUUUUCCUUUCCCAUGUAUCAAAAGAGCCUUAGCUGUGCACAUCUCGUGUCGUGGACGAAAUCGUUUAAUUGCGAAGGAGUUGUGGACCAGGAUGUGGUGAAAAUGUUGAAUGACGCGAUCCACAGGAGGGGCGAUUUACAAGUGGAAGUGGCUGCGAUCUUGAACGAUACUACGGGCACUCUCAUCAACGGGGCGUAUCUGGAUGGAACGUGCAGCAUUGGGCUGAUAUUGGGGACGGGAAGCAAUGCCUGCUAUUUGGAGAAAGUUGAGCGAGUCAAGAACUGGGAGGGAGAAAAACCGUCCGACAUCAAAGAAGUGAUAAUCGACAUAGAAGACGGUGCAUUCGGCGACAAUGGUGUCAUCGACUUUAUAAAAACCGAAUACGAUCGAGAAGUUGACAAUAAAUCUCUGCUAGUAAAUUCCUUUACGUUCGAGAAGUACUUUGCCGGUCAAUACAUUGGUGACAUUGUUCGCGUAAUAUUGGUCAAGUUGGCUCAAGAGGGGAUAAUCUUUGGGGGAAAGUUGUCCACGAAGUUGCUAACGCAUCAGUGUUUUAAUGCCAGCUUAUUGUCGUCUGUUGAACAAGACUCUAUUCAAAUGACAACGACAAACUGUAGGAAAAUUUGUCAAGAUUUGGACUUGGAGUAUGACGAUGAAGAUAUCGCGAUUUUGAAACACAUUUGCUACAUUGUUUCUGACCGGGCAGCUAAACUAGUAUCCAUAACGCUGGCAUCUUUGUUGGACAGGAUGGAUAAACCUGGUCUUGUCACUAUUGCAAUUGAUGGAUCUCUGUACAAGCAUCAUCCACGGCUGGAUGCCCUGCUGAAAAAAUAUAUAGCAAAGUUUGCUCCAAACAGACAGUUCUGCUUGAUGUUGGCUGAAGAUGGGAGUGGGAAAGGGGCCGGAUUAACCGCAGCAAUUGCACAACGACUCAGAAAAAGCAACUAAUUAUUUUUCAACUAUAUUUACAAUAUGUUUGAUACGUAUGUACUAAUAAAAUAUGAAUGCAUAUGAUGGUCAAUUAAUUAUGUAUUCGAGCAACGGGAGAGACUGCAAUUUAAAAUCAAUUAGUACAAAAUCAAUACGACGACGGACGACCAUGAAUAAUUCGUACCUGUAACGAAAUAAGUGUAAACUUAAGUCAGUGUGACUAAUUAUGAGAUUUAGUGCGAUUUUUAUUUCAUUAUUGCGUAAAAUUUUGUCUAAAAAGUUGUAUAAAAAUGACUAGGUGUGUCAAUCAUAUAAAAUAAACACUUUAAAUUUUGAAAGG